AGGAUUAUGUGCUUACUGCCGCCCAUUGGCUUCAAAUCCACGGCCGUCAGGCUACGUCAUAAGAGUGGGUGACUACUCUAUAAACACGAUGGAAAGUGACCAAGAGGACUUCCAGAUUGAGAAGCUAUGGAUGCACGACGAAUUUGACACCACAGUAGAGUUCAACAAUGACCUGGCCAUUCUCAAGGUCACCAGGAAGGGCGGCAGAGGUAUCAGGUUCAGCAGGUCGAUACAGCCAGCCUGUCUCCCUACUGAAGACGAGAGUUACAGUGGACUUGAUGACUGUACUAUUACAGGCUGGGGAACUACUUCAGAGAGGGCGCCUCCUAUACCCCAGGAUCUACCACGAUCAGGUGAAGUCAAUAUCUACGAGAUGUCAACCUGUACUGGCCCAGGUAAAUACGGCGCCUUUGAAGUCACCUCGGGUAUGAUCUGCGCAGGUAACCUAAAUGGGAAAAUAGACACGUGUACAGGUGAUUCAGGAGGUCCAUUAACCUGUAAAGUUAAUGGGAAACACAUUUUAUAUGGCAUUACAUCAUGGGGUAAAGGUUGUGGAAGGAGACUGCAGCCGGGAAUGUACACGAAAAUAACUAAAUUUUUGAGAUGGAUUCAUGAUAUUAUUGUAUAGAAAUUGGUUAGUGUAAUAGGGACGUGGGCCUAUUAACGUGUAGAAUUAAUAGAGACGUCAAUUAUCCGUGUUAUUGUGUUAUGCUCAAUGAGUUAUUUCCGGUGAUGCUGGUAGAUUUUUAGUGAUUUGGGCAGAUUUUUAAGUGAUUUGGGCUGAUUUUAAGUGAUUUGGGCUGAUUUUAAGUGAUUUGGGCUGAUUUUAAGUGAUUUGGAUGAUUUUAAGUGAUUUGGGCUGAUUUUAAGUGAUUUGGGCUGAUUUUUAAGUGAUUUGGGCUGAUUU